GGGAGAAUGUAUAAAGCAGUUGGUAGAGUAUGGUGCUGAUGUUAACAAGAAUGACAAGUGUGGUAUGACAGCUUUAAUACAUGCUUCCAAUGAGGGCAAGGAUGGGUGUAUACAGCAGUUGAUGAAGUGUUGUGCUGAUGUAAACAUGAAUGACAAUAAUGGAAUGACUGGUUUAAUGCAUGCUGCCAAGGAGGGUUAUGGUAAAUGCAUCAAACAGUUGAUAGAGUGUGGUGAUGAUAUGAACAUGAUUGACAAUAAUGGGAUGACUGCUUUAAUGUAUGCUGCCAGAGAGGGUAAGGACGAUUGCAUAAAACAUUUGCUAGAAUGUGGUGCUGAUGUUAACAUAAAUGACAAUAAUGGCAUGAAUGUUUUAAUGUAUGAUGCCAAGUUUGGUACGGGUAACUUCAUCAGGCAGUUGGUAGAUUUGGGUUCUGAUGUUAAUAUGAAUGACAAGAAUGGUAUGACUGCUUUAAUACAUGGUAUCAAGGAGUGUAAGAGUGAAUGUAUAAAACAAUUGCUUGAGUGUGGUGCUAAUGUUAACAUAAAUGGCAAGAAUGAAAUGACUGCUCUAAUGUAUGCUGCCAAGAAAGGUAAGGGUGAAUGUAUACAACAGUUGGUAGAGUGUGGUGCUGAUGUGAACAUGAAUGAUAAAAAUGGAAUGACUGCUUUGAUGUAUGCUGCCAAGAAAGGUAAGGGUGAAUGUAUACAACAGUUGGUAGAGUGUGGUGCUGAUGUGAACAUGACUGAUAAGAAUGGAAUGACUGCUUUGAUGUAUGCUGCCAU